CAUGAGACAUUCUACACCUUUGAAAUCAUAAUCACAACAUCAUAAAUGUGGAAAGUUUAAUAAUUAAAUUCAACAUCGUAGCAUAUAAGAAUAAGAUUUAUUUACAAAAUAUAAUAAAUUACUCAAAUAACAUGCUUAAUCUAUCACUUAAAGAUCUUAGAUAAUUUAGGCAAGUUAAUAUUUACUAAAAGGAGGUUUUGGUAACAAUACAAAAAAGAUAAGGAACACAUUGAAUGUAAUAUCUGAUAUUUGUAAUGCCUAAUAAUAAAAGUCUUCAUAAAGAAAUAAAAGUUAAGGUAACAGUUCAAAGGCAGGAGGCACAAGUUCUCAAAAUCAUGUAAUCUCGAACAAUAAAUCAGGUCCUCAUAAAAUUAUAUCUGAAACAUCCAAAACAAAUGAAGCCAUUUAGAGAUUACUAAAACUUAAAUGA